GAGAGAGAGAGAGAUCUGCGCAUGGAGACGGAGCUUCGCGUUUGGAAAACAGCAUCUUUCCCUCCACUCUGCUCCUCCCCUCUUCCCUCUCGGCAUCUCUCCCACGCUCCAAAGCUCAGCCUUCAGCUCCCCGGAUCCUCCCAAAUUCUCCCGAGCUGAGCUGAGGUGGGCGUGUGGAGCCUCUGACCCUCUCUCGCCCACUCUCUUUCUCUGACUCUCCCUCUUUGCUGCAGCUACAGGGGGCUAUGGAUGGACUGCGUUUACCUCCACUCAUCGAGGAGGCUUUGGACUCUACAGGCAUCCUUUUCUAAUAUCGCUGUCAUCUUUUCAUCAGAUGACCCAUGCGAUCUGAAAGCAGAGUGCAGCCCCACCAUGGACAACGAGAUGACAGCGAAGGAGAGAGGCGUUCUGGAGGAGAACAACGAGAAAGAGGAGAUGGACCAGGAGAGAGCUCAGGAGGAGGAGGGGGAAGAGAAGAAGCUGAAGGAGGAGGAAGGUGAAGGGGAGGAGAAGAGGAAGCCGGAGCAGGAGCCGCUGACAGAGGAGCAGGAGCUGGAGGAGCUGAGGGCCCAGGUGCUGCAGCUGCUGCUGGAGCUGGACGAUGCCAGAGAGACCUCCAACAAACACCAGGAGAGCUUCCAUGAGCUGCAAGGUCUGCUGGAGGAUGAGCGUCUGGCAAGUGCCCAUCAGGCUGAAGCCUUCACACGCCAGAUCCAGAAUCUCCAAGCCCAGCUGCGUUCUGUGCAGGAAGAAAUGGACAGCCUGGAGGAGGAGAAGGAAAGCGAACUGGCCGAGGCCCAGGAGGAGCUGCGCGUUGCUCAGGAGGAGGUGAUCCUGCUCCAACAGGCGGCAGAGGAGGCGGCAGCAGAGAGGGAGAACGACAUUGCCUCGCUGCAGGAGGAGCUGUGUCGCCGGCGGGCCGAGCUGCAGCGCCUCAGCGAGGAGACCCAGGAGUACGAGCUGGAGAUCACCACGCUGAGAGCCGAGAUCAGCAUGAAGAGUCAGCGCAGAGAGGCCGAGAGGAAAGAGGGUGACGUGGAUCUGCUGAAGGAAGAGUGCCGUGUGCUGAAGGAGGAGUGUCAGACCCUGAAAGAGGACAACAGACGUCUCUCUGAGAGGCUGCAGCUGCUGCAGAGACAGAGGACAUGCUCCAGUGUCUACCUGUCACUGAAAGAGGAGGACGCAGAGGAGGGCACAGAGGGGAAGGAGAUGGGAAUUGGCUCGGAUGAGGUCAUGACAGAGAGUUACAUGACCAUGGCCCAGUCUGAGAACUGCCGCCUCGUGGACGCGUCCAUCCAGAAGAAUAUUUCAUUUGAUGGAAAGCCCAUGACACCAACCGGCUGGAAUGGAGGCAUCGGGGAGAUCUUCUCCCUGAGAGACCAGCUCAAACAGGCAGAGGAGAAGGCCUCACAGGUUCAGAGAGAGUGUAACGGUCUGAAGAUGGAGCUGCAGGAGCUGCAGGUACUGUAUGACUGCAGCCAGAGGGAGAGAGCAGAGCUGGAGGAGGAGCUGCAGCGCUGCAAGGCAGAGCUGGAGAAGCUGUCAGGGGGGGCUCAGAGAUUCAUCCAUGCGUCUGAGCACCCUGUUCUCUCCAUCCCCUUCAUAGGAAUAAUUGUAAUAUUGGCUGUGGUCUGGUGCUGGUUGUCGGAGCUGGCGUCCCAGAGGGCAAGGGGAGUGAGGUAGGUUGGAACUCCAUUUUGACUAUCACUGCAGCCACAGCAGUGCUACUAAUGAUGACUAGCUUGUUGAGAGCCCUCGUCCGAUGUUGACUGGAUGGGCAACAACUGCACAGGGACAGACGUCUGCUUCAGACCAGCCCUCGUUCUCUCCUGCCAUGUCUAUAGACUGAACUGGAUUUCUCUUAAUGUGAUAGAGCUGACAGCGGUGUGGUACAAAAUGUAUAGGAAAUGUUGUCGCUAAUGAAAAGGUACUACAUGUACUGAGAAUGAUGCGCUCAGUCUCAUUUAAGACUGAAGAUGAUGAUGAGUAGACCUGCAGAGAGCCCACAUGAGGACCGAUCUCACUCCACUAAAUGUAUGCUAGUGCUGUGUCACUCUUCCUCUGUGUCUGUGAAUAUUAUUUUUCUCUCCUUUAGCUAACAAUGUGAUAAAAAUGAAGGUUUUGAUUAUUAAUGUGCACCAAUUGGUUUUCAAAUUAUGUAACCAUUAUUUAUUUAUUUGUUUGUUUGUUUGUUUAAAUAUUUAAUUUCAUAGUUACAUAGUUCAUAGUGGUCUCUGAUAAUAAU